CCCACCCCCCAAAUUGUGGCCCUCCCAAAACUGCUUUAUAGUUUAUAGAAACUGGAGAUCCAAUCACUCUCCUUCAAACCAAAAUAAUACCUUUAAUUUCAAAUUCAAGCACAAUUGCUCUGAAAUUGGCUGUUGCACUUUCAGAGCAUACGUCUCUUUGAAAGCAGUUUAAAAGGCGAUGAUUUAAUGUUUUCGAGGAGCAUGCAUGUAUUCUUCAAUAUUUUAAGGAUAUGUUUUCCAUUCCAACUCACAUUCUGUUCUCCUCCUGCCCUUGCUCUUAUGUUGUCCUUUACACCCAGAGUAGCUUCGUUACUAAUAGGAAAGAGUUAGUUUGUGUCUGCCUGCUGAGCUUAUGUUGUGUAAGCACUAUGCAGAGCGCAAUGAUGUUGUACUGGAAACAAUGAAACAGGAAGGAGAAGCGAAUUAAAGUCCAGCCAAGGCUAGUGACCGCUUGCUAUCUUCUUCUGGAGGCAGACACAAGACUCGGUACUAUUUUAAGCAUAGAGAGGAAUCAGACCCUCUUUUCCACUAUGCCGGGCUAUUCAGAGUUUUUCUUCAAUGUGGAUCAUGGGUAUCUCGAGGGCCUGGUCCGAGGCUUCAAAUGUGGCAUCUUGACGGCUUCUGACUAUGUCAACUUAGCACAGUGCGAAACACUGGAAGACCUGAAGUUACAAUUGCAGACCACAGACUACGGAAACUUCUUAGCCAACGAAACAGGCUCUCUCACGGUUUCUAUCAUCGACGACAAACUAAAGGCCAAGCUAUUGGCAGAAUUUCACUAUUUCAGAAAUCAUGCCUUCGAGCCACUUUCCACAUUCCUAAACUAUAUUACGUACAGCUAUAUGAUUGACAACGUGAUCCUGCUCAUUACUGGCACACUCCGUCAGCGGCCCUUGGAAGAGCUGGUUCCCAAGUGCCAUCCGUUGGGCAAUUUUGAGCAAAUGGAAGCUGUCAGCAUUGCUCCAAACCCUGCAGAGUUAUUCAAUGCAAUUUUGGUGGAUACACCCCUAGCUGAUUUCUUUCAAGACUGCAUAUCUGAAAACGAUCUGGAUGAAAUGAACAUUGAAAUCAUGCGCAACAAACUGUAUAAGUCUUACCUCGAAGCGUUCUAUACAUUCUGCAAAAACCAAGGUGGCACUACGGCAGAUAUAAUGUGCCCACUCUUAGAGUUUGAAGCAGACAGGCGUGCCUUCAUCAUCACCAUUAAUUCAUUUGGCACUGAAUUAAGCAAAGAAGACAGACAGAAGCUGUAUCCAACAUGUGGGAAACUGUAUCCAGAAGGCUUGGAUAUACUUGCCAAAACAGAAGAUUAUGAGCAAGUGAAGGGCGUGGCAGACUACUAUGCUCAAUACAGAGCUUGCUUUGAAUGCGUAGGAAGUGGUACAGGAGGAGAAAAAACGUUAGAAGAUGCUUUUUUUGAACAUGAGGUCAAAAUGAAUGUGCUGGCAUUCAACAACCAGUUCCAUUUUGGGGUCUUCUAUGCCUAUGUAAAGCUGAAGGAACAAGAAAGCAGAAACAUUGUAUGGAUUGCUGAAUGCAUUUCCCAGAGGCACAGAACAAAAAUUAACAACUACAUCCCUAUUCUCUAAACCAGACUUUAGUGGUGUGUUUUAAUGGUACAUCUAUUUCAUCUACUGGGUUCUUUACUAAAUUACUCAUCAUAUUCCAAAAAGGGGGGUUAAUUUGCACAUUAUAGCCACCAAUAACAUUUUAGAAUUAUGAUUAGCCAAUUAGGCAUUUUAUGUUUGGGGCACUUCCAUUUCCUCCUGCCCUCCCCAAUCUUUUCCAGAGGUUCUGUUGGUAGAUCAUCAGUAGACCCAUGACUGCAGAGUUUUCUGCAGGAAUAGUGGAAGGCUCUGCAGCAAAUACGCCUUUCUGACCCUUCUAGCCAGUGAUCUCAGGGUUACGAUUGCUCUGGAAAAUGUAAAAUCUCCCUCCCUAUCUGAUCCCUUUAAUUAUCACUGCCCCCAGCUGAUGCUUUUUCUUUUUCUUUAAAAGCAUGCACCUUAAAUGCAAAGUUGCAUUUCACUUCACUUCUGGUUGGGCCCCCAAAAAUGUAAAGUAUAGAGAAAGAAAAGCAUUACUUUAAAGCAUUAGCAUUUCAUUAAAGAAUACUCAUGUAUCACAUGCAUGGUUAGAUUUAAAUGGCAAGACUCCUAUAAUACCACUUAAGAAUCAUAAAGGCUGAUAAGAAAUUAAAGUAACAGAAGCAGCUUUACUACCUAGCAAUUGCUUGUAAUUAGAAACAUGUUGCAAAAGCAGAAGAGGGAACUCCCUUGGGCUGUUUUGGUGGGACAUAGACCCGUUGUUGUUGUUUUAAAAAAUGCAAUAAAUGGGUUAAAUAAAAAUAUAAUUGUUUUCCAGAAAUUCACUGUGAAUAUAUAGCCGCCAUUCAGCUAAGAGUCAUCAAAUAAAGUUUGUCAUGAAAUGUGAUGAUAUAUGAUGAGAUGUAAGAAUGUUACAGAAUUGCUUAUCUUGCUGUCCUGCUGAAAUAAAAUCUAUUUCCUAGCCUAGGCAUGUUUACAA